UAUUUAAAUAAACCGUCCCGGUCGGUUAAGCGAAUCAGUUGACGAGCCGUAGUGCAAAAGCAAAGAUCCAAAGUGUGCGCGUGAAGGUGCUUAGCAAUCGAUCGAACAAACGCGACGGCUGCGAUUGUUUGUUGGUGUGUAGUGUGUGAAAUUUUUAAGUGUAUGUUAUGACAGUAUUUGUGCCAGGGGCGAUAGCGACAAACACUGUAUGUCCAUCACCAUCAGCAUCAUCCGGUAAUACGCUGAUAGCAUCGGAAACCUAUCGACACACCAGCCGUAACGGUGAAGACGGCAGAGUUUCAAAGCGAGGUGAUCGUGAGUGAGAGUAUAAGCGGACGCAUCCGGAAUCUGGACGGCAUCUUUUCACUCCGACCACAAAAACCAGACCUCAAUCAGCCGUUGAGCGUGCGCGUGGUGGCUGCUGCGAUUUUAGUGCCAAAGACCGAACGUUCGGCGAUAUUCAGUGUAGUAAACAGUUAACAUAGAUACGCUAAGUGAUCGUUGACAGAAGGGGCGAACGGUGAUUUUUUUUUUUUGGAGAAGCUAAUUAGUAUUCAAGCACAUGAUGAAGCUGCUUAUUUUGAUUGUGGCAACGUGCGUUGUGGGAGCCCUUUGCGAGGAGAAAUGUGAACCGGGUACGACGUUUAUGGAGGACUGCAACAGAUGUCGCUGUGGGCUGGAUGGUCAGAAGUCUUGCACACGCAAAGCGUGCCCACCGAACGAGCUGUCCGACGAUAGCCAGGUACGCGCCGAUGUACAGAACGGUGACUCACUGUCGUCGGCUGACGAGAAGGAAGAGGUGCAUGAUAAAAACAACGGACAGGUGUGCACGCCGAAUGAGAUCAAGAUGAAGGAUUGCAACCGUUGCCGGUGUGCUAACAACGGUAUUGGAUGGUUCUGUACGCGUAGAGCAUGUCCACCGCGUGAGAAGCGUUCGGCACCCAGUCCCGAUGAGAAAUGUGUCCCCGGAACGGUAUUCAGAAGUGAAGAUGAUUGUAAUACCUGCUUCUGCAGCGAUAUCGGUACAGUGGCCUGCACACGGAAGGCUUGUGUUUCCGCACCACCGGAAAAAACGAAGCGCGAAACUGUUCCCUCCACCAGUGAGAAAUGCACUCCAGGCACGGUAUUCCAAAGUGAGGACGGAUGCAAUUCCUGCUUCUGCACGGAUACCGGUAUGGCGGCCUGCACGCUGAAGGCUUGCUAUUCGGCACCACCGCAGAAAACGAAACGUGAAGCUCUUACCACUGCAAAAUGCACCCCGGGAAAGGUAUUCCAAAGUGAGGACGGUUGUAAUACCUGCUUAUGCACGGAAACUGGUGUAGCGGCCUGCACGAUGAUGGCUUGCUAUUCGGAAACAGCCCAAAAAACGAAACGUGAAACUCUUCCCCAGUCGGAUAUUGCACCGGGAGCACCAGGAUUUAGCUGCCAGCCGAAAUCUUCCUUCAAGUAUCAGUGCAACACGUGCCUCUGUUCCGAUGACGGCAAGAUGGCAGGAUGUACCUUCAAAUACUGCAUUCCCGGCGAAUGGUAGAACCGUGGCCGAAGAGUUCUAUUAAGUUGGAAUAAAUCAUUAACAAACUGUACCAUAAGUUUGUCCUUUGUCCUCUCGUCAGCUGGAAUAUUUUUGUGAGACGUGAAAGAGCGCGUAAGUCAUUUGUAAAACAAACUACGGAAGAUAUACGAAAAUAAAUUUACCAUUUUUU